GUAAAAGCGAUAAGUCUUCUGACUAAAUAUAUAAUUUUGUAGAGAAAAAUUUUGAUCACUAUUUCAUAAAACUUAAUCUUCUAUUAAAUAAUUGUUAAUUAUUUUGAGUAGAGUACAAAAAUGGCCAAAAAAGAAAAUGUCACUGAAUUAUUACCGCCAUUUCCAGAAGAAAACAUAGAUAUGUUUGCUGCUACUAGUGUUUUACAACAACAAGCUGCAGAAAUAAGAAAUCUAAAAUUGAAUUGGUUGUCUUAUUUAAAGUCCCAGAUGAUUUCGCAAGAAGUUUAUGACUUCAUAAGUGCAUAUGAUGCUGAGAGAAAUGAAAGAGGACAAAUAUUAAUUAAUAAUCGAGAUAAGGCAGCUGAAGCAUUCUUUCGUUUGUUAGAAAAUGUUUCAAAAGAGUCAACUAUACAAUAUGUACUUGUAUUAAUUGAUGAUUUGCUGACAGAAGAUUGUUCUCGUGUAGAAUUAUUUAAUGAUUAUGCUGUAAAGAAAAAUGAACCUGUUUGUGGAAAUUUUUUGAACCUUUUGAAUGCUUCAGAUGGUUUUAUAAAUAAUAUGUCUGCUCGUAUUAUUGCUAAAUUUGCAUGUUAUUCAAUUGAUUUCAUCAAUGAAACUGAUCUGCAAUUUUAUUUAAAUUGGAUUAAAGGACAGUUAUUAGCAACAAAUAAUGAUUAUAUGCAGUCUGUUGCUCGUUGUUUACAAAUGUUAUUACGCCGUGAUGAGUAUAGAACUGCAUUUAUUUCAGUUGAUGGUAUUUCUAUACUUCUAAGAAUAUUAUCAGGACGUGUAAACUUUCAAAUACAAUAUCAAUUGAUAUUUUGUGUUUGGGUGAUGACAUUUAAUCCACGUUUGGCUGAACGCAUGAACAAGUUUAAUAUCAUUCCAAUUUUAGCUGAUAUUUUGAGUGAUUCAGUCAAAGAAAAAGUGACUAGAAUUAUUCUAGCAGUUUUCAGAAACUUAAUUGAAAAACCAGAAGAUGGUACUAUUUCAAAAGAACAUUGUAUUGCUAUGGUCCAAAGCAAAGUACUAAAACAACUUAGUAUUCUAGAACAAAGAAAAUUUGAUGAUGAAGAUAUAGUUGAAGAUAUUCAAUUUUUGAAUGAAAGACUUCAGGCAUCUGUUCAAGAUUUAAGUUCUUUUGAUGAAUAUGCUACUGAAGUGAAAUCUGGCCGUUUGGAAUGGAGUCCUGUUCAUAGAUCAGCCCAAUUUUGGCGUGAAAAUGCUUCACGUUUAAAUGAACGAAAUUAUGAACUUCUACGUAUUUUGGUUCAUUUAUUGGAAACUAGUCGAGAUCCAUUAGUUUUAAGUGUUGCUAGCUUUGAUGUUGGAGAAUAUGUUCGACACUAUCCUCGAGGCAAACACAUUAUUGAACAACUUGGUGGUAAACAACUUGUAAUGCAAUUGUUGUCUCAUGAUGAUGCAAAUGUACGUUAUGAGGCACUAUUAGCUGUACAAAAACUUAUGGUUCAUAAUUGGGAAUACCUUGGACGUCAACUGGAAAAAGAACAAAAUACCACAAAUGACCGAAACAAACCAACCACAGCUCUUACUGGAAAAGCUUGAAGAUUUAUUAAAAAUAUAAACAAUAAACUGAACUUGUAUAUUUAUUAAAUUGUUUAUUUUAAUUUUCAAUUGGGAUUUAGAAAAAAAUAUAUAACUCUAUUAUAGUAAAUCUUCAUCUAUUA